UGUCCAUUACAGCAUCUCCUUCCUGCCUGCAGCAGGUCAAUGGCCAGCAAGGAGGGGGGUCCGAGCCGGCGGCGGCAGUGGUGGCAGCGGGAGACAAAUGGAAACCGCCACAGGGGACAGACUCCAUCAAGAUGGAGAACGGGCAGAGCACAGCCACAAAGCUGGGACUGCCUCCUCUGACGCCCGAGCAGCAGGAGGCCCUCCAGAAGGCCAAGAAGUACGCCAUGGAGCAGAGCAUCAAGAGUGUGCUGGUGAAGCAGACCAUCGCGCACCAGCAGCAGCAGCUUACCAACCUGCAGAUGGCAGCAGUGACAAUGGGCUUUGGAGAUCCUCUCUCACCUUUGCAAUCGAUGGCAGCUCAGCGGCAACGGGCACUGGCCAUCAUGUGCCGGGUCUACGUGGGCUCCAUCUACUAUGAGCUGGGUGAGGACACCAUUCGCCAGGCCUUUGCCCCCUUUGGGCCCAUCAAGAGCAUUGACAUGUCCUGGGACUCGGUCACCAUGAAGCACAAGGGUUUUGCGUUUGUGGAGUACGAGGUCCCAGAGGCUGCGCAGCUGGCCUUGGAGCAGAUGAACUCGGUGAUGCUGGGCGGCAGGAACAUCAAGGUGGGCAGGCCCAGCAACAUAGGGCAGGCCCAGCCCAUCAUAGACCAGCUGGCGGAAGAGGCACGUGCCUUCAACCGAAUCUACGUGGCUUCUGUGCAUCAGGACCUCUCAGAUGAUGACAUCAAGAGCGUGUUUGAGGCCUUUGGCAAGAUCAAAUCUUGCACGCUGGCCCGGGACCCCACGACCGGCAAGCACAAGGGCUAUGGUUUCAUUGAGUAUGAGAAGGCCCAGUCGUCUCAAGAUGCCGUGUCUUCCAUGAACCUCUUUGACCUGGGUGGCCAGUAUUUGCGGGUGGGCAAGGCUGUCACACCCCCUAUGCCCCUGCUUACACCUGCCACACCUGGAGGCCUCCCGCCAGCUGCUGCUGUGGCUGCAGCUGCAGCCACAGCCAAGAUUACGGCUCAGGAAGCGGUGGCCGGAGCAGCGGUGUUGGGUACUCUGGCCACCCCUGGACUGGUAUCCCCUGCACUGACUCUGGCCCAGCCCUUGGGGGCUUUACCUCAGGCUGUCAUGGCUGCCCAGGCCCCAGGAGUCAUCACAGGUGUGACCCCGGCCCGGCCUCCCAUCCCAGUCACCAUCCCCUCUGUGGGCGUGGUGAACCCCAUCCUUGCCAGCCCUCCGACGCUGGGCCUCCUGGAGCCCAAGAAGGAGAAGGAGGAGGAGGAGCUUUUCCCCGAGUCCGAGCGGCCAGAGAUGCUGAGUGAGCAGGAGCACAUGAGCAUCUCCAGCAGCAGCGCCAGCCGUGCCAAGUUCGGGGCCAUCAACCACAUCAUCAACCAGGAGAAGCAGGGCGAGGAGGAGGACGCCGAGAUCAUCGUCAAGAUCUUCGUGGAGUUCUCCAUGGCCUCCGAGACUCACAAGGCCAUCCAGGCCCUCAACGGGCGCUGGUUCGCCGGCCGCAAGGUGGUGGCUGAAGUGUACGACCAGGAGCGUUUUGAUAACAGUGACCUCUCCGCGUGACCUCGGCCCGGCCCCUGGACUUGCUCUUGCCCUUGUUUCCUCGGUUUUGUAGUGUCUCGGCCGCGCGCGCGCGCAUAAAGUGCAGAUGCUGCUGGCCCGAGG